GCCGAGCGGCGGAAGCCGGGCAGCGUCACUUCCGGGCCGGAGGAUGAGCUGCCCGCGGGGGAACGUGGCGCGCACGAGGCCGCAGCGGCACCAGAACGCGCAGGCCUUCCGCAACGACAGGCACGACGCCAGCGCCCGGCGCAAGAAAAUUAAUGCAAAAAUCCAUGAAGGGCUAUGUCAGCAUUGUAAGGAAGUCCUGGAAUGGCGUGUAAAAUUCAACAAAUACAAGCCACUAACGCAACCUAAAAAAUGUGUCAAAUGUCUGAAGAAGACUGUAAAGGAUUCUUACCACAUCAUCUGCAAACUGUGUGCUCAUGAAUUAGAGCUGUGUGCUAAAUGUGGAAAGAAAGAAGAAAUUGUGAUUCCGAUUCAGAAAAGUCUAGAGAACACUGAGCAUGAACCUUCCAAAAACGAUCAAACAAGAAACAGAAAUGUUGAAUUUGAGGAAAGCCAUGAAUUGGACUUAAGUGGCGAGGAAGAUGACGAUCUGGAUUUACUGGUGAAGAAAAUUAUAAACUUAAAGCCUGAAAGGACCUGAGUCUAAUUAUCUCUCCAGGGAGAAGAGUUUGGGUACAAAUUCCAUUUCCAGCCAGGAGAUUGCUUAUUAUUGGACACUUUUGCAGUUUAAGGUUCAUGGUAUCUGGAAUGGUUAGCACAAACCUUAUGCCUGCAUUUUCUUAAAAUUUGGUAGAGAAUACUACCAUUUAAUAAACUUUUCUUUAAAAAUG